AUUAUCUGACAUUUUAAUUUUAUUUACAGGCAUUUCAAACUAAACUUAGCAGCUGUAUCCAGAAUAAUUAUGGAUAAAUGUUCACUUAUUGAUUUUCUUCUUUUACGUCCAAAAUCAAAAGAUAUCACUUUGGAGGUAUUACAACAUAUGAUUUUACAAAAAAGAAGUAAUUUGAUUGAAAUAGGUAAUGUUUUUGACCAUUUGAAUAUUGUCUACAAGAAACACCUCAACAAUCAUAUUAUGAACACCAGUCCAUUACCUAAUGACUAUAUGAUUGUUGCUGAAUCAUUGCAAUGUAAAGUCGUUAUAGAACAGUUGGAUGUUUACAUGCACGUGUUUGUAAAACUAGUAGAUAAAUUAGAAAAUACUAAAGAUGAUAAAAAAUUUACAGUUUCAAUUUUAGUUGAAUACAUACGAUCGCUAACAGAUAACAAAAUAACUAUUGAACACUUUCUUUAUGAAUUACUCAUAAACUGUCUAGUAAUCAAUAAAAUGUAUUAUCAGCUACACCAGAUGGUGCAAUACCAUAUUGUUAUUGACUCAAAGCCAUUGGCUUGUCUAUUAUUAUCUUUGGAAUCACUUUAUUCACCAGCUCAUCAGAUGGCGCUUGACAUGUUGCAUAGAUUGAAUACAGCCCAUGAAGAGAUUGUUGAAGUCUUACUUUCAAAGAAACAAGUCAUCCCGUCCAUGAGAUACAUGUCAAAACACAAUAUGCUAGAUCACUCUACUUACAGAAAAUUGACUGAAAUUGCAAUUUCAACUGAUAAUUCAAAAAUAUUGCAUUCCACAAAAGAAGAAUUUGUACAAAGAAAAGUAACAUCAAAUGAUGAACUUGACACAAAUACUAAAGGAUAGAUUUAAAAAUCAUUAAAAUUAAAUAUUUGAACAAUAUCACUAUUAUCUAAUAAUGUAUUAAAAUGUAAAUACUUGUCGUUUAUGACUUAAAAAUAUUUAUGUUAUAACUUUAAAUUAUUUAUUAUUUAUUUUUGUUAAUACAAAUAUUUUAUCAUAAUUUAUUUUAAAUUGUAUUACUAAUUUUAUUUGUUAAAAUAAAAUAAUAAAUAAAAAUAUAAAAACAGUGA